AUGAUGUCACCAGUGAAUAGAAAUCAAAAUAUAGCUUCAAUCCCACCAUUGAUGAAUGAAUUAAAUAUAUAUCAGUCCAAGUCUCCUAAUAUAUCUACACCUACGUCACGACCGCAAAUCUAUUCUCAAAAUCAAGCCUCAGUGUCCUUUUCUCCUGCAAUACGACGUCAAUUAAAUGACAGCGGUGAAAAUCAACAGCUACAACAUCGCAAGAAACACAGAUCGAAUGAUGAUGUUCGCACCAGUCACAACUCUAAACAGCUAGUCAUCAACAAUCUAGCGGUACCUCCCCGAGAUAACAACUCAAGAUUAGUAAAUCAACAACAACAUCAACAUCAACAUACAACUAAUAAUCAUUUCCCAUUAGUGCAUUUGAAACGUGCAGUUUCGAAUAAUCUUCCAUAUUUCUAUUUAGGAUUUAAAGAAGACGUGAACUCUGAUAAUCUACCUUCAUCGGCUAAAAUUAUCCAUGAAUUAAACAAAUUCUUUUACAAUAAAUGGAUACCAACAUUCAAGGGUUUUACAAUUUGUUCAUUAAUAGGAAAAAAUCGUUUCAAAAUUAGUACAAAUGAUAAAGCAGAUUAUUCUAAAUUAAUUAACACUGAAUGGCCCGACACAAUUGAUGAUAAAGUGGUUGAAAUAAUUAAACCUAACCAUGUUCCGGACUGUUUCGCUUUUGUCGUACGACAUAUACCAAGUAACAUUCCAAACGAUCAAAUAGUCAAAUACAUAUACCAGGUUUUCAAAUCUGCUGUUCAAUUCACUGAAAUUAGUCGGCACCAAAAUAAUAAUCAAUCAACGAAAGAUUAUCGCUUUACCAUUACGGAUAUUACUGAAUAUUACACGGCUCUUGAAUUGAAACGCAUUGCUAUAGGAAAUCAACUGCUACCCUUGACCCAAUUUAGAACAAGUUAUAAAUUAACAUACUGUACUAAAUGUUGGAAAAUUGGACACAUGAGAUUUGAAUGUAAUGAAGCGACUAAAUGUCGUAUUUGCCUUGACAAAUUUGAAGAAAAUGUCUCACACCAAUGUAAAAGAAUAGCAAAAUGUGCACAAUGUAACGAAGAUCACUGGUCAUUAGAUAAUAAAUGUCAAAUCAUUCGCCAAUAUAAACAGGAUCUUAAACAUGCAGUUGAACAGGCAGUUACAACUGGAAAAUUACAACGAUUUUACCCGCAAGAUAUCAAAAAACCCUUCGUAAACACAGGCGAGGACUUUCCUGUUCUUGUUCAUUCUACACAGGCACAGAUACCAACUCCAUGGAAUAAUCAAAAAAAAGAAAACAGUGAAUUACUAAAUGAACUGCAAAAGAUCAAUGGAUCUAUGAAUGGAUUACGUAACGAUAUUGAAGUACUUGGAAAACAACUAAUAGAAGAAAAUAGUAAAAUAUUAAGUCAAGAUAAGUUAAUCCAUCAACAACAACAAAACAUUGUACUAGUUAUCAAUCAGUUUCAAAUUAUUAUCAAAUCACUAACAGAAGCUAUGCCUGAACUUGAUAAUAAAACAAAAAAAAAGAUAGAGAAACAGAUGAAAACUUUAGCUGACAUCGGAAGUAAAAUUUCACCAAAUGAAAUAUCUACUCAUUCAAAAGAACAAGCCACGUCACAUCGAAUACAAACAGAUACAAUAACAACAUCAGCAACAACAACAACCGAAAAUGGGGGAGGUAAUGGUAAUGAAAAGUCAAAUAUGUCAAUUGAGACAAGUGACGAUGUCUAA